GCUAACAGCUGUUAUUAUUUUGUGUUUUGCUGCAAAUUGUAUCUAAUUUAAUUAAGUACGAUAAUAUUUAUAAGUUUUUUGUAUAUCGGGUCAUGGUGGAGUACUGUAUAAAUUUAUAUUUAUAGUUAGAAUUUACAUUCGAAGAAAAAUCGAACUUUCGCAAACGAAUGUUAGAAGUUUAUACAAUGCAGCAGACAAAUCUAAACCCGGUAUCCACGGUCGAUAGUACAAAGGAAUUUCCGACGAUAUCUCAGCCCAAAACAAUCGGAUUCUUUAGUGUAGGGCCAGAUCGAGAGUACAUACCCUCCGCAGAAAAUCUAAAAUAUUUACGUUUACCUAAAUCAGUACCGGAUAAACCGUUGCGGAUUGAUCUAAACGAGGGAUUCCAAAUUCGCAAACCGAAACCAGACAGUGCGAAACAUGAACGAAUAGAUCACUUGCUGAGGUUCAUCGUUGAAAAUGAGCUGCACCUACGGGAACGCAUCUCAGAAGCAGACCACAACAAACGUCUCAACUGUGACUUUGUCUGCUUCCGGGGUCUGCUGCGGAUGGUGAUGUGCACACCUUACGAGUGGAAAACUGGUUGGAUAAUUUUAGCCAGUCGCUAUAAAAAGACUAUUUAUCUGUGUGCCCAAGAUACACCGGAAAAGAUUGCAGAGGAAGCGAACCAAACUGAGCAGCAGAAGCGAUUCUGUUACUAUGGAUUCAAAUUUGAGCAGCAUAUCCUGGCUGAUGAUCCUAACAGUCUACCAGACACAGAGUCUCCAGUGCUCGAAUCGGAGGAAUUCUGUGUCCUGUUUAGAACCACUCUGGAACGAAAAAGGAUUAUGUACGGUGCUGAAAUGGAUGGAAUCAUAUCCAACGAAUCCGUCAAAAAUAACCUUUGUGUGGACCAUCUUCAGCGAUUAGAAUUCGUCGAAGUAAAGGUGAAACGUACCGAGACGAAUCAAAGGCAAGUGGACAACUUUUAUCGCUUUAAAACCCGAAAUUGGUGGUGCCAAAGUUUUCUCGUUAACAUUCAACGACUCUUCGUUGGUCUGAGGAAUGAUGGGGGCUUCGUCGAUGAGAUCAAAGAAAUGAGUUUGAAAGAGCUCGAUCGGUCUUCCCGACAGUUCUGGUCGGCUUCAGUUUGCACCGCUUUCCUCUCACAAUUUCUGGACACAGUGCAAUUGAAAAUGCAGGGAAUAAACUGUCCUCAUACGGUUUACCGUUUCGAAUAUGACGCUAGGAGUGGAAAUAUUUUGUUUGGUGUUCAAGAAGGGCGAAAUAAUGAUUCGUUUCUUCCUAACUGGUACUGUUCAACGAUAUUGAAGUAAAUUUUUCUGACGCUGGGUACUAACUCGAUAGUAAUAGUUGGCAUCUCUAGAGAGACUUUGACUCAGAGAUUUAUGCUGACCUGUAAGUAGGCUUCAAUGAAAACAUGAUUAAACACUGAAACCAGAAAAAAGCGUAUUAAAGCGACUCGUCAUUUUACCUAAGGAGUAAAAAAACAAAUAUUCACUCCUUUAUUCCUGCUGUAGUUCUUUAGAGUAUCAAUUGAGCAGUGGUUGGAAAAUUACCAAAAUUGACUCACAUUCGCGAAGAGUGCUUUGUUUUUCCAAAGCCUAGUACGCAUCACUGUUCUGCCUCGUCCCUAUUGAGCUGUAAAUGUGUCACGUUGGUGAAAAGUUUUGCCGGUUUAGUUAGGUGUAGAAUUUUACUUAUCUGCCUAACGGCAAAGAAUCCAAAGGCACCAACCACUCUCGCUGUGGAGCAUAACCUGUACGAACAGUAUUUUCUUGUGCAGUUAACAGGAAAAAGAUGGUGCAACAAACAGGUUGGAGCCAUCGCCAGGAAAUCACUGCGGUAUCAGCAUCACCACAGUCGCCAGGGAAGUUCCAACAAAAAUGGAAGCGCAUCUCCCUAGCUAACAGUUAAGGAUUACUGCAGAAGCAGCCAACGUUAACUCAUUUGAUAUUGACCUGACCGGUUGGAUUAGACCAAACCAGCAAUAGUGAGGUGAUUUGGUGAAAUUGACCUUAAUUAUUUUUUUUAUUUUGAUCGAGUUAGUGGAAUGUAAAAUUUGCAAUUAGUGGUACCUUUUUUCUCUAAGUUGAUUAGGUUUUCAUUAUCCUUGUUUUAUUAACGAAGUCCGGAAUAUUUGGCAGAUGUGGCCACCCUUAAACGAAGGGUCAGUUAGGCAGCAUAACGCAGGAACCAAGAUGUGGUAAAGGCGCUACUUACACUUUUUAAAUGUAAUGCAAAGAAAUAAAUUCUGCAAAAAUUUAUGUAAAACCCCGAGGCCCGGAGAUCGUCCUAAAAAUUGUCUCCCAGAGGGAUGGUAACCCCAUCGGCAACAAAACCGUCCAUGUGUGAUGCUAGAUAAGUGAAUCUAUAAACUUUUGAUUGUGGUUGUCAGAUCCGUAUGAUUAUGUCCUAUAUUAAAUUGUACCGUUUUUGAUGUGUACAAAAAUAUAGUCUACUAUUUUAAUUUUAAUACAGUAAUAUAGGGACAAUCCUUAAGGCUCAAGUUACCUCAAGGCUUGGUAGUGUGCGUAAGAAAAAUUGCGUUGAGCUUUGCCACCAGAUUAUCCAUUUAAACCUUUCCAA